UUUCAGGAAAGAAGAAACCGCUAUGUAAAGUACCGAAGGGGGAAAGGAGAACCGCUGUAACGAAGAGUCUUUGUAACGCAGAGGAACCAAAGUAGACCUAUUCGCUCUGUUCGACGAUGACGUCCAGAUAACUAGGGUUUAACUGGCCGUAGCUGGUGGCUUUUUCCCCCGGUGAAGAAAUGGAGAAGCAGCCAAGGCUGUUGUGCUCGCAGCUCAGCGUGGAAAACAGAGUGUGCGAUGUUACUCUCAGCAGCUCUUUUCUUUCAUGGAGGGAGGUGGUGGACAGCAGCAAAAAACGCGCUGCUGCCAACGUGUACGGUCUUCUAAAGGCUGCAGGCAGCCAUUGUGUGCCGGUGUGUGAGAUCAUAGCCGUCCAGGAGACGGAGGAGGACUGUCCGAGUACAGAUGUGGGGAAAUGGCAGAAAGUCCCUCAAAAUCCAGUUGGGUCCAAUCAGCACGCUUUCACAGUGUCCUAUGUGGAGAGGACUCUGAAGCACCGCUGGCGGUGCAGUGAAGUCACCCUCCAUUGCCCUGAUAGGAAGCUGUGUCUGCAGUGGGUCCAAGCCAUCAGGGAGCAACUUGCGCUAUUGACUAUCCGACCGAAGCAUUUGCUGGUCUACAUAAAUCCCUAUGGAGGAAAACAACGCGGGAAGAGGAUUUACGAGCAGAAAGUGGCCCCAAUCUUUUCCCGCUCCUCCAUCUCCACCGAUGUGAUUGUUACGGAGCGCGCAAAUCAUGCCAGGGACCACUUGAAGACGGAGGCUGAUCUGAAGAAGUAUGAUGGGGUGGUUUGUGUUGGUGGAGAUGGCAUGUUCAGUGAAAUCAUGCAUGGCCUGAUCUCCCGGACGCAGUGCGACUCCGGUGUGGACCAGAACUGCGCAGAUGAGACGCUGAUACCUUGCGGACUGCGUAUCGGCAUCAUUCCUGCAGGUUCGACUGACUGCAUAUGCUACGCUACGGUAGGCUGCAACGACCCUGUGACCUCAGCUCUGCACAUCGUGGUGGGUGAUUCCCAGCCACUGGACGUUUGUUCCGUCCACCACAAUAACGCCUUCCUGCGAUACUCUGUCUCGCUGCUCGGUUAUGGUUUCUAUGGCGAUAUGUUGAUGGACAGCGAGAGGAAGCGCUGGAUGGGUCCUGCUCGCUACGAUAUCUCAGGUGUUAAAACGUUUCUGUCGCAUCGCUACUAUGAAGGAACCAUCUCCUUCCUUCCUGCUGAUGGAAGUGUCGGAACUCCCAGAGACAAGAUUCAGUGUCGAUCCGGGUGUAAUAUAUGCCAGCUGCCAUCAGCGGACAAAGCGGUCUACAAAGUUGAGGACAGCAUCUCGGACACUGAGAAUAAGGAUGUAUGGCAGGUAAUCAGGGGGAAGUUUCUGGCCAUCAAUGCUGCAUGCAUGAGCUGUGCUUGUCCACGCAGUCCCAAAGGCCUGUCACCGUCCGCACACCUGGCUAACGGCACUGCUGACCUCAUCCUGGUGCGCAAGUGCUCACGCUUGGACUUCCUUCGCCACCUGCUGCGCCACACCAACAAAAACGACCAGUUUGACCACCCAUUUGUGGAGGUGCACCGGGUGCGACAGUUCCGCUUCACGCCCAGGUAUCAAGAGACAGACUCCGAGCUUGAGCUGAGGGAAGCAGAGGGCAGUGGCAGUAAGCGCUUCUUCACACAAAUAUGCAGGGAGCAUCAGGCGUGCAGCUGUGCCCCAACACACAGCAGCUGGAACUGCGAUGGGGAAAUCUUGCCACAUGGCGCCAUUCAAGUCAGAGUGCACUGCCAGUUGAUCAAGCUGUUUGCGAGAGGGAUCGAAGAGCAGUCCGUCUUUGAGGACCCUUCUUACGCUCUCUGUGCAAUAUAGAUCUGUCUGUCAAAAUCACUGGAAAAAACCCGCUCUCGCUGGACCAUGAAGAAUUCUAACCUCUUGAAGUCACAUUUGGGUUAGGGUUAAGAAGAUGCUGUUCCAUAUGCUGUUGGAUCCAUUUGUAGUGACUAGAAUUGGAAGUGAGCUCUUAAAGGGGAAUUCCACAAAAUUUAGUCGUUAAGAUGUGAAGUCAUUCAGAGUGGUUUGAUGCAAAAUGCAGCAUUCUGUAAAAAACGUACCAAGUCAGAAUUGUUUACAGUAGUGGUGAUAGGAACCAGACAUCUGAAGCUACCUCACAGGAAGCUAUUACAUGAAAUGAUUACAAAUAUGUUGCCUGAUGGCUUUUGCACUUCUGUCUACUUAAUCAUUGUCGACAUGAGGGAUGUGCAUUCGCACUAAUUUUGAUAUUUGAGUGUAUGCAGUUAAAAAAAAAGAGAUAUCUGGUUAACCAAGGCUAAGGGGACAAAUAAAAAGUACUUUUUCUGAAAUUAACAAAGGGCUGGAGGUGGAGGCUUACACUUUAAGGUAAUAGCACUGGUGUUAAGAGGCUUAAAAAAUUUAGUAUCACAAAAUAUUUGUAGCAAAAGUAAAUAUGUUCAAAAAAGCCUACAAAAAUCAGAUUUCAGUGUUGGAUGAAAUUUCAGUGUUGGAUGAAAUGGAGGCCAAUUCUUCAGAUGUGAGCUACAACUACAGCUAACUGGUACACACGCAAAGCUGAUGAGGGUUCAUUGUCUUACACAAGGAUAUUUCUCCUUAUGAAUGAUGUGCCAACAAAUUUCCUGUACUUAGCCAGCAUCAGCUGUAGUAUUUAGCAUUGUUAGCAAUAAAAGCACACUAUCUCAUCCUUCUGUCACAUCCUUAACAAUGUGUCCUUGGCUCUGUGUGUCAGAGUGAGACAGUGUAAAAUAUAAACAAAACCAUAGCAUUUUACAGUCCUGUUAAAACAUAAGUGGUGUUUCUUUGAAUUGAUAAUCUCUAAAUUUUCUCCAUCUUUCUGUGAUGAAAUGGAACAAAUAGUUUUUCAGUAUUGAAAUACUGACACCUCUGACGGUUAACCAAAUGCUCAAGUACUCCGGCACAUCCCUAAUCUCACAUAAAAUCUGUGAAUGUUCACUGGUCAUUUGGAUGGUAAAUGGCUGUAUUUGUGCUGACCAGUUUCUGUUGCCACCGUUGUAACGAGUCCAUACAAUUCUCUAAAAUGCACCAUUUCACAUCAAACCACUCUGAAUGACUGUUUACGUCUCAACAAUUAACAUAUGCAGAUGCACCAAUCAACCAUAACAUUAAUAAUUAAUACUUACCUUGUAUCUACACUCACUUACCAUAUAGGGGCUCUUUGUAGUUCUACAACUACAGACUUUAGUCCGUUUCUCUGCAUACUUUGUUAGCCCCCUUUUAUCCUGUUCUUCAGUGGUCAG